UGACGGCGUGUGCCGUGUGUCGUGGGUGAACGUCUGUCCCCGCCGAGCACGCAGGGGGCGUGAAGGGGAGCAGGGAGUGCGCGCGGGCUCUGGUAUUUACGUGAAAGGCACCCGGGUUAAAUUCCCCACCGGCAGGCAGGCAGGGAUCACCGCCGGGGCUGCUUGAUCCGGGCUCCGUCCGAGUGUGCGGGCUGGUCCUCGCCCUCCCGGGUGCCUCUCCGGUCGUCACAUACCCUCGGCUGCUGCUCCAGCCCGCCUUGUCCCCGGGACUGGCCGGUCCUGAGCGUGCCAAGGUGUCUCCGAAAAUGAGCACUUUCUCCUCUGAGACGGCCGCCGCGUGGCUCUGCCCGGCUGUCGCGGCGGUCUUGGGAGGGACAAUUCUUUGCCAAGUCGAGAGUCGCCCGGGGCAGAGGGGGACAAAGGUGGUCUGCCUGGCGGGCCUCUGGGGAGGGGCGUGUCUGCUCAGCCUGUCCGUCUUUUGGGGUGCCCUCCUGUUCUCCGUGGGGUGCCUCCUCGCGUACCAUCACUUAUCUGGCCAAGCGCUGUUACCUGUGGAUCAAAAAGCCGUCCUGAUCACAGGUGUCGAUACCGGCCUGGGCCAUGCGCUGUGCAAGUACCUGGACAAGCUGGGCUUCACGGUGUUCGCGGGCGUCCUGGACGAGAGGGGAGCGGGAGCCGAGGACCUGCGGAGGACCUGCUCCAGCCGCCUCUGCGUGCUCCAGCUGGACAUCACCAUCCCCGAGCAGAUCAAGGAUGCCCACAGCAAAGUGGUGGCCAAAGUGCAGAAGAGAGGUCUGUGGGCCGUGGUCAACAACGCGGGGAUCAUGGGCUUGCCAGCCGACGGUGAGCUCAUCCCCAUGGCGGAGUACAGGCGAUGCAUGGCUGUGAAUUACUUUGGGGCUGUGGAGGUCACGAAGGCAUUUCUGCCGCUUCUCCGGAAGUCCAAGGGCAGACUGGUGAACAUCAGCAGCAUGGCGGGUGGGGUCCCGAUGGAGAGGCUGGCGGCCUACGCCUCGUCCAAGGCGGCCCUGACCAUGUUCUCGGCGGUCAUCAGGCAAGAGCUGUCCAUGUGGGGUGUUAAAGUCUCCGUCAUCCAACCUGGAGGCUUCAAAACGAAUAUCUUAGGCACCAGCGACACGUGGGACAGGCUGGAGAAGAACAUUCUGGAGCACGCCACCCCCGAUGUGCAGGAGGACUACGGCCAGGAGUACAUACUGAAGCUGCGCAACCACGUCCGCAACCUCGAACAGAGCAGCAGCCCCGACAUGUCCCCCUUGCUCCUGGACGUCCAGCACGCGGUCUUGGCCAAGCGCCCCUUGGCCUUCUACACGCCGGGGAGAGGCUCCUUCCUGCUCCUCUCCUUGGCCUCGCUGAGCCCCACCGGCCUCCUGGAUUAUUGUCUCAAAAACCUAACCAUGCCCACAAAGACCGUGCCCAAGGCCCUGAGCACGGCCCGCUGGAGGAGCGGCGGCCUGCAGGCCAGGUCGUGAGGGUGGGCGCGGGGCCGAGUCUCUAAGGAGAGCGGUGCCCAGAGCUUCCCGAUCAACUUCCCCUUUGGCUCCUGGCUCUUGCCAGCCCAGCUCCCCAGGAGAAACGUGUAGCGUUCCCGCGAACUGCCCAAAAGGAUGAAAGUUGGGGUACACCGCAGAUCCUGGCUCUUCUCCCCCCAAAUAGCCUUUACUGCAGAGAAAUCUGGGUGGCAGGACCUCCAUCUGAUGACAGAGCCCUGGGCUCACUGAUGACCAGCACACCCCACCCCCCUCUCCCCGGGGCCCCCCACCCCUGAGAUGCCCAGUCUUCUCUCCCUUUCAUGCGGGCAACCCACCCCCCGUCUCUGUACCUCCACGGACCUUGGAAUGUACAUCCACGUAGGUUCUCCCAAUGUAUGAAAUUAAAUGGGUCCUUUC